CGGAAGUAACUGCGCCGCGCUCCGGAAGCGAUCCAGCGGACCGCGAGCGCCCUCCGCCUAGCUUUUGGUGUGAGACGUGGAGCUCGCUGAGCGAUCGAGGCGCAGAACGAGAUGCCGGUGGCCGUGGGUCCCUACGGGCAGUCCCAGCCCAGCUGCUUCGACCGCGUGAAGAUGGGCUUUGUCAUGGGUUGCGCCGUGGGUAUGGCGGCCGGGGCGCUGUUCGGCACCUUCUCCUGUCUCAGGAUUGGAAUGCGGGGUCGGGAGCUGAUGGGCGGCAUUGGAAAAACCAUGAUGCAGAGUGGAGGCACCUUUGGCACUUUCAUGGCCAUUGGAAUGGGCAUACGAUGCUAAUUAGGGUCCAGAUGCCCUGCUACACCUAAACUUCACGAUCCAUUUCGACACUUGUACAAUAAUAAAGUUUUUCCUUCAGUCUA